CCGCCGCGCUAGGCUGCGGACGGCGGAGGGGCCGGGCGAACAUGGCCAGCCCUUCCAGGUGGGAGCGUCUGAAGCCGCUGCGGACGGACAUGCUGCGUGUGAGUGAGGGAAGUCAAGAUUGGUGAUCAUUAGCAGCCUGGGCUGUAAUGACCAUGGAAUAGUGAAGUUCAAGACCCUGAGUGUAGCGAGGAAGGCUGGUAGCAGAGUACAGAACCUGGACUCCAGCUUAUUCAGGCUUCAGGACUUCACCUUACUCAGGCAACAGUCACAGAUGAUCAACCUGAAUGUGGACAAUGAUGUACCGUUAGUGAGAAGAACUCUGAAAGUCAAAAAGCCUCGAUUUGAUGCAUCCUUGGUCUACUUGACCCGAAAAUUCAUGGAUCUUGUCAAAACAGCUCCAGAUGGUGUCCUUGAUUUGAAUGAAGUAGCAACAGCACUUGGAGUACGAAAACGAAGAGUGUAUGACAUCACCAAUGUGUUGGAUGGAAUAAACUUAAUUCAGAAAAGAUCUAAGAAUCUUAUACAGUGGGUAGGUUCUAAUUUUGACCAAGUUGUUGGAAAAGCACCACAGCAGCAAAGCCUUAGAGAUGAACUUUCUGAUUUGUCAGCCAUGGAAGAAGCUCUGGAUGAAUUAAUCAAGGAUUGUGCUCAUCAGUUAUUUGAACUAACAGAUGACAAAGAAAAUGCAAAACUAGCUUAUGUGACAUAUCAAGAUAUCCGUAACAUUCAGGCAUUUCAGGAACAGAUUGUGAUUGCAAUUAAAGCUCCAGAGGAAACCAAACUGGAAAUACCAAUUCCUAAAGAAAAUUGCAUAGAAGUACAUGUGAAGAGCACAAAAGGACCUAUCGAUGUGUACCUAUGUGAGGUGGAACAAGAGAAGCCAGGUGCCAAAACUUUUGAAGAAAUGGAUACUGUUACUUCUGAAACCCAGCCAUCAGUUCCUCCUGAUGAAGUGAGAUCUCCGGAGGAAGAAAAAAACCAAACCACCUGAGAUGAUGGAUUAAUUACAACUCAAAAAAUCAAGUACAGAAUGUAAAUAUCUGUGUUACAGAGCUUUUCCAAAGCCGCUUGGAUCUGCAAAAUUACUAACCUGAAAUGUUCCAAAGUGUUUUAAAUUUACAGCAGCAGUGGGUUGGUUGAGUGCUUUCACAGGAUUGCUUAUCUCCCAAGUCAAAAGACAACAGUUCCUAGAGUUCCUUUUAGGAGCUUUGUUUUUAUAAUUGCAUGUGAUCUACAGAGCUUUGGGAAAAUGGUAUUUUUAGCUUAUGAAAUAAUUUUAUUUGAUGGAAAACAUAGGUAAUUGAUUAUUUCUGAAAAUGAAGAUAUGAAAUUAUUUCUGGAAUGAUCCAUAAUCCUUAUAAGAAUGUAUAUAAUAGAGAAAUGCACUUUUCAGUUCUGAGGCUGCACUACUACUAAGCAGGAUUGUCAAAUAAAGAGUGUAACGAAGAACUGGUGUAUCAGAAGCCUUCGCUAUAAGGAACAAGAUGUAAAUAUCAUGAGUUAUGCCUUACACUGUGUAGAUGCUGCUUGCAUUGUUUGCAUCCAGCUCUGCAUCAACUAUGGUAUUAACACUGAAGUUAAAUAAUUGGGGGUUUUGUACAUACCUGUAUCAUGUCUAGGUAGUUACUGAUGUAGAUUUAUUGAGAUGGUUUGCAUUUCUGCCUUUGUACAGCAAAGAAAUAAAAUGAACUUCUAAAAAUAUUAAAAUAGCCUAAUUGGUCAGUCCAAUGAAACAUGUUGGGUUGUCUUUGUUGGAAUUCACUGGGUAACUACAAACAUUAAAACUGAUAUGAAAAUUUUAAAUCUGUUAUCUGUGGUACUGGCAGCUAGCAGUUUGUUUCUUGUGAUGACACAAUACUGUAGCAAUUUUCAGAAGAAACAUUAUGAUCAAUAACUACUUAAAUGGGUCCCUUCCAGUUUCUAGAGUUCACAUUCAGCAUAGCUUUGGUCUAGUACCAUGAUUUCUUUGUGGCUUAGCUUGCAAAAACAUGUAAAAUACUUUAGAACUACAUUUGUAUUCACCUAUCUUAGCAUCUGUAAAAUGAAGCUUCAGCAUUUUGAUUCUGGCUUUUUUAAGUGAGUUGACUAUCACUGUACAAAUACCAUACUUAGGCUCAUUUCACUCCAGUAAUGAAAAGUGUAUUUCAGUUUUCUGUAUGGGGAAGGGUGGGUUGGUUGGUUGAUUUUUAAAUCUGAACUCCCAAUAUCAGCAACUAUCCAUCUACUUACAAGAGAGAACAAGAAGUUAUUAAACCUUAACUCAUUUUAAUCAGCAACUCUAUGGCUAUUUUAGACAGAUGCUGUGAAAUUAAAUGCCAUAUAUUCUAGUAAUAAAUACAGGUAAGGUAGGGCAGUUGACACUGAAGACCUUAAAUAUACCUAAAUACAGAUGGAGAGUUAACCCAGUUUUCUACGAAGUUCACUAGUUCUGCAAAAUGUGUAGUAGUAUAAUGUGCAAAUUGGGAAAUACACCAAGUUCAAGCUUCUCUCAGAAAGUAAUCUUGACUUGCGUAUGUGCUACCAAAUUUCAGCUCAAGAAUGUAGGACUUUGGUGUUGGAUGCUAUUUGUCUGCAUCUCUGUAAAAUGCAAACUGCAGGCUCAGUUGUUACAACAAUAAGUAAAAGCAAAGUGAAGGCACAUUUCAUACAUAAUCACAGUAAAAAUGGGGAAGGUGCUCCUCCAAUGGAGCUGGGCCUGGGGGUUAAAAUUAAGAAGUCAUCUUUUCACACAGGAAGGUUGUCCUUUUCCUUCAGUGGCUGGCUUCUUUCCAGGUGGCAAACUCGCUCUUUGAGUUUUUGCACUGCUAUUCUGUUUUGGUGGGGAGAGAGGUCUGUGCCUAACGGAAGUAUUUAUUGAUCCCCCUACCCUAGUUCAACAACAUGGGAUAACAUUUGCUGCAAAACGUACAAAUUUCCAGCACCAACAACUAAUGCUAUGUGUUAGGGCAGGAUUUUGUUACAUGAUGAUACAGUGUUUUGAACUGUGGAGCAAGAGGUAUACUUCUACAAAAAACUCUUAUAAAUGGAAGUGUGUCUUCAAAAGCAGACAUACUUUAUUUAAUUGAUUUUUUUUUUUAUUUUGAACAAAUCUAGUGAUUCUGGUUUUCCUCUCUCCUUUGUGGGGCUUUUCUAGCUGUAGAAUUAAUUUUCUAACUUCAAGCUACACGAUUAUCACAGUGAAAUGGGAGAGGCUGUAAUAUAACAGUUAUAAUUAUUUUCUUAAAUACAUUUAUUGUUUUAAUAGUGCACCUUCAGUGGAACAAAUGGACUCUUGAAGAUAAAACCACUUUGUUGUGGCUACUUGGAUACUUAACAGUAUUAUCCACUUGCGAUACUGUGAAACAAUACACUCUAUAAGCUCAGUAUUCUAACUAGCUGAAAAGAUUAGACUUGAACUUGAGGAAAAGUUCCUGAGUGAUGCUGAACUUAAAUACCAGUUACAAGCUCACUUAAAAACUAUAUGUGAUAGGACCUAACUCUGAAUUUGCAUAAUCAUGCUUGAUUUUUUUCUGAAAGUUUAUUAAGGUUAAAGUAUUUUUGUUGAGUCCAUAUCUGUCCAUUUUCAGCAUAUUUGUAAGUGUAAGCACUUCCCUUGGCUAUUUGAGGACUCUGCCUGUAAUAAAUUAAAAAGCUCUAA